AUGUCCGAACUCAACGUUGCCGCAGUGCUUACUCCCAAGCCGGAGAACUUCGAUGAGGUCGCCGCCCUCGUCACCGGCGUCACCAAGCAGGUCCAAGAACACGAACCCGACACACUGCUCUACUACGCCUUCCAAGACAAGAAAGAGAUCAUCAUCGUGGAGAGAUACAAAAACCAGGCCGCGGUCCAGGCGCACACCAAAGCCCCCUAUUUUCGCGAAUUCGCCGCCAAGCUUCCCGGUCUAUUGGCGAAGCCCUGGGAGCUACGCGCGGGCCAAUUCCUGGGCGGUUCGCGGGGAGUGUCGCGGCUGUAG